AUGACUACUCAACCUCACCUCAGGCCAGGGUCCCAACCGAAGAAAUCCACGAGCAGUCGACCAGGCAUGCAGAAAGCCCCCCGACCAGCGGAGCGCAAUCAGACCCGCUCUCACACAGCACAGAGGCAGAGAGCCCAAGACCGCGUGGGUACAGAUCAACCUGCAAUUCGGGCGCUGCGGGGUGGAGACCCCUUGUACAGCAGACCUUACACAGCACUGUGGCAUGUGGCCUGGCUGAGGCAGUGGUACAGCAUCGACCCAAUACUAUAUGCCGUCGGCUUUCCAACAUUAGGGAUCGGAUGA